AUGGGCAUCAAGAAAAUGUUCCUGAAAAAGGAACCCACCGAACAAGAGCUCCGAGAAAACCUCCAGAAAGUCGGCAUUUCUACGCGAACCGACGGCGGCCGCCAGGAGAAGUUCGGUGCGUUCAGAGCGUAUGCUCAAGAAAGACUGGCCCAGAAACCGGGCUACGCGCCCGUCAAUCCCUACGCAAACAUGAAUGCGGCUGGGGCCGGUGCUGCGGGAGGCCAGGGCUCAAAUCCGUAUGCGAAUCGGGAAGCUGACGGCGAAGAUAUCGGUGGUAGUAGUAGUAAUGGUGAUAGUCCAUACUCAUCUUCUAGACAGAAUCCAUACAGUAGAAGUUCUGGCCAGGGUGCUGGUUCUGGCCAGAGUGCUGGUGGACCUUCUGCAGCCAGAAACCCCUACCAAAGAACCUCUUCUAGAGCCGCUGCAGGCGCCCUGACUAGAGACGACGAAACGCUCGAUUUGAACGAUAUCCCCAGCAUCGCGCCCGCCGUGCGCUUCAACAAACCAAAACGCAACAUGGCAGCGGGCGGCAUGGACUCGGAAACGUUGGAUCUCAACGAUCUCCCCGACGAGGACGACCUCAAUGUAGACAGCUUCAUGCCCGAACAGGAACAGGUCAAUUCCGAGGACGAAGAGGUGGAGGCCAUCAAGCAGGACAUUCGCUUCACCAAGCAAGAGUCUUUGGCUCUGACGCGCAACACGUUGCGUAUGGCGCAGGAGGCCGACGCCUCGGGUACCAACACCUUGGGAAUGUUGGGAUCGCAGUCCGAGCGUCUAUACAAUGCAGAGCAGAACCUUCUUUUGGCAGACACACAGACCAAGAUUGCCGAGGAGAAGGUCAAGCACUUGAAGAAGUUGAACCGGUCCAUCUUCAUCCCCGUGGCUGCAGGCAACCCGUUCAACAGAAAGUCCAAGUUGCGCCAGCAAGAGCAGAAGCUCAAAACAGAAAAACAGCAGGAGAAGUAUCUCCGGGAGACAAACCGCCAAGGUGUCUAUGCGAGCGAGCAAAGAGUCAAGCAGGGCAUCACCAACUCUGCCACCAACUCAGACACCUACAACAAGUACCAGGGAGAGAAGUAUCUCGGCGCCGCGCAGCGGUACCAGUUUGAGAACGACUCCGAGGACGACGAGAUGGAGAAGGAGUUGGGCGCCAAUUUGGACCAGAUCCAUGCGUUCUCCAAGAAGUUGAAGAACACGGCCACGGUCAUCGGCCAAGAGGUGGAGGCGCAGAAUUCCAGAUUGAGAAGAAUCGAGGAGGACGCUGAUAGACUCGACAUCAACGUGCAUCUCAACAGUUCGCGGUUGAGCAACAUCCGGUAG